AUGAAGAAGAUUCUAUCCAAAAAGAGGAAGAUAGAAGAUUUUGAGACAUUAGCUUUGACAGAGGAGUGCAAUGCAAUUUUACAGAAGAAGCUCCCUCCUAAACUGAAAGACCCAAGGAGCUUUACCAUACCAUGCACUAUUGGGAAGCUCGAGAAUAUUAAUGAUUUGUGUGAUUUAGGGGCUAGUAUCAACCUUAUGCCCUUGUCAGUGUUUAAGAGGCUGCAACUUGGAGAGGAAAAACCAACAACUGUAGCACUACAGCUAGUUAAUUUCUCCUUAGCCCAUCCUAGAGGAGCAAUAAAAAAUGUCCUUGUCAAGGUGGACAAAUUUAUAUUUCCUGCUAAUUUUAUAGUGCUUGACAUGGAAGAAGAUAAAAAUAUUGCCAUCAUUCUUGGGAGACCUUUUUUGGCAACAUGCAAAGCACUAAUUGAUGUUCAAAAGGGAGAGCUAAAGCUUAAAGUCUAA